AUGGCCGUUGCUCUCACCCGCGCGUACCAGCACUCUUUCGACGCCCACCCCAAUUUCACGCUCGCACUCACCGGAGGAUGCUUCAACGCGCUCGGCGACAUCGUCGCUCAGGUCGCGCAGAACACGCUGGGUGAGACGGAGCCUCAGGAUAGGAGAGGGUACGAUGGGGCACGGACUUUGAGGUUCUUCUGCUAUGGUCUGGCGAUAAGCCCUAUCAUGGGACGGUGGAACGCAUUCCUAGAGCGAAGAUUCCCUCUCAGGUCAUGGAAGAGAGGUAAGGUCUCAUUCACGGCACUCUCAAAACGCGUUGCAUGCGACCAACUUAUAAUGGCGCCUAUUGGUCUCGGUCUUUUCCUAGGCUCGAUGGGCGUCAUGGAGGCUCGCAGCCCAGGGCAAAUCGGCGAGAGGUUCAAGGAUUUGUACCGUACCGCUCUCCUGGCAAACUGGAAAGUUUGGCCUCUUGCUCAGCUGGUAAACUUCCGGUACAUGCCUCUCCCUUAUCGCGUACCGUUCGCUCAAUCAUGCGGCGUAUUCUGGACGCUGUAUCUGUCUAUCCUUAACUCCGAGGAGGACAAGAAACAGGACCGGCAGUACGCCAUGAGAAAAACGGUUGACUCAUGA